UGUGGGUGACAGUGUCAAGUGCUGUGGAUUUCCCUGCUUGCGACGGGACAUUGCCCCAGCAUUUACACUCGCAUCGCGCGGAGACCUGCAGUUGGACGAAUCGGUUUGGUUCCCCGUUUUCUUUUUCGUUUUUGCCCCUUCCCAAACUUUUCUGGGAACCUCCUCGAAACUGGAAGUGCAGCGCUUCUUGGGUGGCCAGUCAGAGAAAUCAGGUUUGAUAAGGUUCCUUUCUACAGCGACAGUGUCCCGUGCAGUGUCCCGUCCCAAACAUCUAUGUCCAGUACUGUCCUCUUCCUGACCGGACCUUGGCUAGCCCGGCCUCACCUCCAAGAAGUACGACCAUUUGAUAAAGAGUGACUUUCCAGGAACAACACGCACGGAAACACCCCCAGUGUUUCACUACGACCAUGCAUGAAAGACGCGCCUCUCCCUCACACAAAGGGAAACACACAGCGGAUAAACCGGGCUUCCGCCAACCUCAGACAGUAGGCUAACCUACUUUAACAACCCAGAUGUUGGAGUCAACUGUGGCGACGUCUUGGCGAACAAUCGCUCCUCCUAUUUACGUAAUGACGUAAUACAAAGAUGGUGGCGCCUUCGGCAUGGUCUGGAGUCGUUUUGAUUUAAAGCUAAGGAUUGUGGAAAUACAUUUUUUGUGGAAUUAAGGGUGAUUUCACUGCAUUCUUGAAACAGGGCUUCUGGGACGUGUAGUUCUGAGCAUCUAGUGGCCGGUCCAUCACCUUCCCCCUAAUACCACCCUAGAGCUUUCAGCCUUCACUAGAUGAAGGAGAACAAGGAGAACUCGACUCUCCACAGUCUCAGCACAGCCCUGGACCACAUCAAGCCCUGCUGGUACUGGGACAAGAAGGAUUUGGCACACACGCCCUCCCAGUCGGAAGGUCUGGACCCUGCCACAGAGGCACGGUACAGGCGGGAAGGGGCCAGGUUCAUAUUCGACGUGGGCACACGACUGGGACUGCACUAUGACACCCUGGCAACAGGAAUCAUCUACUUCCAUCGUUUCUAUAUGUUCCAUUCCUUUAAGCAGUUCCCGAGAUAUGUGACGGGGGCGUGCUGCCUGUUCCUGGCGGGAAAGGUAGAGGAGACCCCAAAGAAGUGUAAGGACAUCAUUAAGACAGCCCGCAGCCUGCUGAAUGAUGUCCAGUUCGCCCAGUUUGGAGAUGACCCAAAGGAGGAAGUCAUGGUGUUGGAGAGGAUACUAUUGCAGACAAUUAAAUUUGACCUCCAAGUCGAGCAUCCUUACCAGUUCCUGCUGCGCUAUGCCAAACAGUUGAAAGGUGACAAAAAUAAAGUGCAGAAGCUGGUUCAGAUGGCUUGGACCUUCGUGAACGACAGCCUGUGCACUAUGCUGUCCCUGCAGUGGGAGCCGGAGAUCAUCGCGGUGGCAGUCAUGUACCUGGCAGGUCGCCUCUGCAAGUUUGAUAUACAGGAGUGGACGUCCAAGCAGUCCUCCCGCCGCUGGUGGGAGCAGUUCGUCCAGGAUGUCCCAGUGGAGCUACUAGAAGACAUCUGCCACCAGAUCCUGGACCUGUACUCUCAGGGCAAGCAGCCUAUCCCCCAGCAGCCCUCACUGCAGGACAAGGAGAAGGCGCUGCCCACAGCCUUGCUGCCACCCCAACUGCCUCCGAACCCCCCAGCCCCUCCUCCACCGAGAAAGACCUCCCCCCAGGCCAGCUCCCCCAGGCAGCUCAAACGCCCGCACGUCGCAUCUCCUAAAGAAGACCCGAAGGCGCCAGAGCAAGUAGGCUCCAAAAUCCCCCGACAGGAGUCGCCCAUGCCACCCCUCCCUACUGCUCAGCCUCCGUCUGACCGCAAGCCGCCCCCCGCCACGCCUACCCUGCCUGCGGAGGCGGAGCCAGUGCCUGCCGCGUCCAGCGAAUCCACGGAGGCCUCAAAAGGACCGGCCCCGCCCCCUCCCCACGCGGCCCCCGUUCACCAGCAACCCCCACCCCUCCCGCACCGCCCUCCGCCCCCACCCCCCUCCAGCUACGUCCACCUGGGCGGCAUGUCCACCUCCAGCUCCUACAUGUCGGGUGAGGGCUUCCAGAGCCUGCAGUCCAUGAUGAAGACCGACGGCUCCACCUACAGCUCCAUGCCCCCGUCCUACAGCUCGCUGCCCCCCAUGCAGUACCACCCGCACGUCUACCCGCCGAGCGCCCCUCCCCCUGGGCCUCCCCCUUCCACCUACCCCCCGCCCAACCUCCCGCCUCCAUCGCCUGCCUACCCGCCCCCGGGGUACAACCACAGCUUCCCCCCGCCCCCGCCUCGCAUGGCCCCCGGCAUGGCCCUCCCACAGCCCAGCUACCCGCCCCCGCCUGGGCCUCCUGUAGGGCAGACUCAGGUCCCCCUGCCCCCACCCGGCAUGCCCCCUGUGAGCAGCCUGAACCGAGGGGGCUGGAUGAGGGUACAGCUCCCAUCAACACUCUUCUAAAGUCUUACUGUCGAGUGAAGUGGCCCCACCUCCCGCAGAAUUGACAUCCGAAAAACCAGACAGGAGUGAGGCUGGAGUGCGUUUCCUUUGUAAAGGAGAUGCCAUUUUGAUCCUAACUACAACAAUGAAUGUAGUUCUUCUGAUGCCUCAAGAGGCCCUUUAAAAGAUAGUUCUGUACAGUGUAUUUUUAUUUUUUCAUCGUUUUAAACUACAUUUAUUUUCUGUUGCAGAGCACACUGAAAUAGUCAUCUGUAUUGCUAGUGACGAGCGGCAACCGAGCUGCAUACAUUAAUCGAUGUUGUAGUAUUUCAGAUGUAACUGUAAAUAGAAAAGGCGAUAUUUGUAAAUAUGAAACCCUUGAAGUGGGAAUGUAAAAUGUUUUGUAUUGCUCGCUCCUCUGUGCCUUAGCUAGUUUUUCCUUUAACAGGUAAUUAGGCAACAUUCUUGAGCUGUUCAUGUCAUUUUUUGCAAACUGCUUUUAAUGUCUGUAAGCAUAGUACAUAGUACAUAAAACCACUUUUUCUGUU